AUCGGGCUGGACUCCGGGCAGAGGCACAUCGGGCUGGACUCCGGGCAGAGGCACAUCGGGCUGGACUCCGGGCAGAGGCACAUCGGGCUGGACUCCGGGCAGAGGCACAUCGGGCUGGACUCCGGGCAGAGGCACAUCGGGCUGGACUCCGGGCAGAGGCACAUCGGGCUGGACUCCGGGGGCAGAGGCACAGGUGGGGCGACGGGCGUCGGCCCCACAGGCGGGGCGACGGGCGUCGGCCCCACAGGCGGGGCGACGGGCGUCGGGCCCCACAGGCGGGGCGGCGACGGGCGUCGGGCCCCACAGGCGGGGCGACGGGCGUCGGGCCCCACAGGCGGGGGCGACGGGCGUCGGGCCCCACAGGCGGGGCGACGGGCCCCACAGGCGGAGCGACGGGCGUCGGGCCCCACAGGUGGAGCGACGGGUCUCGGGCCCCCGGCGGAGCGACAGGCACCGAGUCACCAGGCACGACAGCGGGCACCG